AUGUCUUUAUCAAAUCAAACUUCAUUGAGCAGUAUUUUACUUCCAAUUCAGCAAAAAACACUUUUUGGUAUCUCUUGGUUUUAUGUUACAUUUGGCAUUUUCGGAUGUUUUCUAAACAUUCUUCUAUUUUCUCAAAAACAAUUUCGACAAAUCUCCUGUUGUACAUACUUUUUAGUUGCCUCAAUCGCGAUGUUUACUCAAUUGGUGAUAUUUUCAAUUCCAUCAAUUUAUGCUUAUUAUUAUUUUAAUCCAAUGUCAUCUUUUAUGUUAUAUUGUAAAAUUCGUAUGUACAUUAUACAAAUUACUUCAUUUGUUUAUCGUUGGUCUUAUACUAUCGCGUCUUUGGAUCGUUAUAUUCUUUCAUCUUCGAAUGCUCGUUUACGAAAAUUUGCGAGUGUUCAAAUUGCAAUUCGAGUUUUACUUGGAAUUGUUUUGAUUUCAUUGAUUUAUUCAGUUUAUAUUCCAUUUGUUUAUGAAAUCAAAUCAUUGGUUUGUAGUAUUUUUAAUAAUCCCAAUAUGACUUUAUUUACUUCAUUAUCAAGUAUCAUUCUCGGUGCAUUUAUUCCGGUAUUAAUAAUGAUUAUUUGUACUUUGUUAACUCGAAAGAAUCUGAAAGAGAAACGUCAACGUCGACAAAACCUUUCUAUUCGAGAAGUAAAUCAAGAAAAACGUGAUCGUCAAGCACUUCGAAUGUUAUUUGUUCAAAUUCUUGUCUUUAUUAUCAUCACAUUACCUUGGAUGGGUUACAGUAUUAAUAAUGUCAUUUCUUCUUAUACUCCAAAUAAAACAUCUGAUCGAAUUGCAAUUGAAAAUUUCAUUACUGCUGUGGCUGGAGCAUUAGCUUUUCUUUUUCCUUCAUUAUCUUUCUAUUUGUAUACAUUAACAUCAAGUAUGUUUAGAACUGAGUUAAUUCUUCUCAUCAAAGUCUUAAUUCAUUGGAAAUGUUUGACUCAGAAUCAUCGAAUUGAACCAACAAAUACCAUCGCAUCACAUAGAACACCGAUGAAAUGA